AUGCUCAUGAUCGAGAACCAGCUGCCGCUGCUCGUCCUCCAGCGGCUCGUCACCUUCCUGCACGGCGCGUCAGCCGCGACCGACGACGCGAUCAACAACAUGGUGCUGGAUUUCGUGAAGCUGAACCACGACUCGCCGGCGGUCACCGGCGGCGGCCUGGCGCUCCACGCCCUGGACGUCUGCCACCGGAGCCUGCUCCACGGCCCUCCCCGGCCGUCCCGCACAGGGCCGCUGGACGAGUUCGUCCCCUCGGCGACGGAGCUCCACCAGGCGGGGGUCCGUUUCCGCCCGAGCCGGACACGGACGACGCGCAGCUGCUGCCUCCACGACAUCCGCUUCCACCACGGCGUGCUCCACAUCCCGGAGCUCGCCGUCGACGACACCACGGGGCACAAGCUCCUGAGCCUGAUGGCGUUCGAGCAGUUGCACGCGGGGCGGCGCGCCAAUAACGAGGUGACGGCGUACGUGUUCUUCAUGGACAACGUGAUCAAGUCGGCGGCGGACGCGCGGCUGCUGUCCGCCGCCGGCGUGCUCCGGAACGGCCUCGGCAGCGACAAGGCGGUGGCGGAGAUGUUCACCCGGCUGGCGACCGAGGCCGUGCUGGACCGGCGCAGCAGGCUCCACGACGUGCACGCCGCCGUCAACGCCUACCGCGGGGCGCGGUGGAACGAGUGGCGCGCCAGCCUCGUCCUGAACCACGCCGGGAACCCGUGGGCGAUCAUCUCCCUCGCCGUCGCCUUCGUCCUCCUCGUCCUCACCGUCGUGCAGACCGUCUACACCGUUCUGCCGUACCUCGACCAGAAGCAACAACAGACGGUGGCCGCCGGCGCCGGCAUUGGCUUGCUCCAGGAACUGUGA